AUGGACGAGUUAGACAUGGGCCAGGAUGCGGAGGAAUGGGGACUGGAAAAGGGAAUCAAUGACUACCUGGGCCGUACGGACGAUCAGAUUCGGUCUCUCCACGGCGCCGCCACCGCGCUCAGCAACCAGAACGCCUGCCUCCAACAGCAGAUGAAUGCGAACCCCGCCAUCACUCACGAGCUGGCCCAGCAGCAAGUGAAGGAUGCGGUGACAAGCACGAUGCUGUUUGCUGACCUUAAGCAUGAGGAAGCUGCAGAGACUGCGCGAACCCAGCAGCGUGAGGCGGCCGAGAGAGCGGCAAAGGAGGAAAGCCGCCUGAAGAAAGAACUCGGCGCCCAGGAAGCGCAGCUGGGCGAGCUGCAGGCCGCCAAUCCUAAGACGGUCGGUGAGCUUCAAGCGGCCAAUGCUCAUAUGCUUGGUCAGCUUCAAGCCAAGGAGGAGGAGUUGAACGAGGCCAUCGAGGAGAUCCGCAGCCAGCGGGAGGCCCGCAAUGAGCUAUCGGAGAGGUACACCCGGCUGCGGGUCGACUUCGGUGACCUCAAGGAGGAGAGGGAUGACCUUCAGGUAAUUGUCCGGGAUCUCGACGACGCUGCGAAGGACCUCGCUGCAGACGGGGAGACGUUAUAUCAGCGGAUCGACAUCCUGGAGGAGGAAAACCGGGUGUUGCACGAGAACCUCACGGAGCUCGUUCGGACGUCGGUGCUCACGGGGAUCGACCUGCAGCAGAGUCGCCCGCAAUGA